AAGAAGACAAUGAAAAUUUUGAUCCUUCUCAUGAACUAACUCAAAUGCUAAGAGAAGAAAAACCAAAGCUGUAGCCAAAUCAAGAGACUAAGACUAUUAAUUUGGGUACUGAAGAUGACAGAAAGGAGAUAAAAAUCAAUACCCACCUAUCCACAAAGGAGAGAAAAAGGUUGAUAGAACUCUUAUCUGAAUUUCAAGAUGUUUUUGCUUGGUCCUAUAAGGACAUGCCAAGACUUGAUCCUGAUAUUGUUGUUCACGCCAUCCCACUCUAUUCUGAGGCCAAGCCAAUCAAGCAAAAGCUAAGAAGGAUGAAGCCAGAGAUUCUAUUGAAGGUCAAAGAAGAAGUGCAAAAGCUGCUAGAUGUCAAUUUCAUUGAAGUAGCUAUGUAUCCGGGAUGGGUGGCCAAUAUUGUUCCUGUAAUGAAAAAGGAUGGCUGAGUUAGAGUUUGUGUGGAUUAUAGAGACUUGAACAAAGCAAGCCCUAAGGAUGAUUUCCCAUUACCUCACAUCUAAAUUUUGCUAGAUAAUGCUGCUAAAAAUACUAGGUUUUCUUUUGUUGAUGGCUACUCUAGUUAUUAAAGUUAAGGGAUUAAAAAAGUGUAAAAAAUAAUUUAAGGACCAAAAAAGUACAAAAAAUAAUUUAUGAACCAAAAAAGUACAAUUCAAUAAAGUUGAGGGAUAAAAAAGUGAAAUUUAAUGAAGUUGAGGGACAAAAAAGUGAAACUCAAUGAAGUUGAGGGACCAAAAUUAGCAUUUAACCAAUUUUUUUCAAGUGGCGGGUGUGAAAUGUGACGGAACAUUAACGGAAUAAUAGGAGAUUUGACGA